AUGGCUCUUUGGUGUAGUUCAAGUGUCUCUGUGCUCCUCCUCGCCAUGUCUUUGUUAGCUUGUUUGUACAGCAACCUUUUAUAUAGAGGCAGACUGGUCUGGUCAGUUAAUGACGAGUAUAGCGGGGUUUUAACGUACAAACGAGCUGCAAUACUACAAAAUGUUACAGAGGGCGACGGCGACUCAGAAAGCCUCCAAAGUUUUGUUAUUUCCGGAAAACUUGAAUGCACCACGGGUCCGUUGGGUCGAUUUGACUGUUGCAGAGACAGGGUCCUGAGUCAGAGGGAGUGUGAAGACAGGGGGUGCUGCUACGCUCCUCUGCCUGAAUAUUCAGGACCACCCUGGUGUUUCUACCCCUCCCUGUACCCUGGCUACAAAAUGGGUCCCCUUGCCCCCACCAAAAGGGGGCAGACUGCCACUCUGACCCGAACCAGUCCUUCAUAUCUUCCCAAAGACGUCUCCACUUUGAGCCUUGAGAUCACAGAGGAGUCUGCAGGCUGCUUACGCAUCACUUUAAAAGACCCAUCUUCUCAGCGGUAUGAAGUUCCCCUCCCAGAUGACAUUCAUCAGACAAAAGCUGAACCUCAGGAUGUUCUCUAUGCUGCUGAAUUUCAGCCUGAUCCAUUUGGUUUCACAGUGAGGCGUAAAUCCACUGGAAGAGUCGUUAUGAACACCACAGUUGCCCCCCUGCUGUUUGCUGACCAGUACCUGCAGCUGUCCACAUCACUGGCCUCCUCCUUUGUGUCCGGUCUUGGCGAGCAUUACACCUCUCUCCUCCUGGACCUCAACUGGACCUCUCUGACUCUCUGGAACAGAGAUAUGGCGCCACAUGCUGAUGCAAACCUUUACGGCUCCCAUCCAUUUUAUAUAGUGCAGGAAGGGGACGGCUCGGCACAUGGAGUUUUUCUUCUCAACAGCAAUGCAAUUGAAGUGGUGUUGCAGCCAACCCCAGCCCUCACCUGGAUAUCCACCGGUGGAAUCCUGGAUCUGUACAUUUUCCUGGGUCCUGACCCUCAAAGUGUGAUAGGACAGUACAUCCAGAUCAUUGGACAUCCUAUGAUGCCUCCUUAUUGGUCACUGGGUUUUCAUCUUUGCCGCUGGGGUUAUACGACCACUAACGCAACCCGAAAGGUUGCACAGCACAUGCACGGCGCCAACUUCCCUAUGGACGUUCAGUGGAACGACCUGGAUUAUGCAGAUAAGCGAAGGGUGUUCACCUUCGACCCCAGGAGGUUUGGAGACCUGCCAGACAUGGUGCAGGAGUUUCAUAACGGAGGCAUGAAGUAUAUCCUGAUUCUGGACCCCGGCAUCAGCAGCACCAGCCCCCCAGGUACCUACCCUCCCUUUGAAGAGGGACUGAAACGAGACGUCUUCAUUAAAAACGCCACCGGAGACAUUCUGAUAGGAAUGGUCUGGCCCGGUCCAACAGCAUUUCCUGACUUCACUAACCCAGAAACCAGACAAUGGUGGGAGGACUGCAUCAGAGACUUUUACUCUAGAGUCCCCGUGGAUGGUCUGUGGAUUGACAUGAAUGAACCAGCAAGUUUCAUUCAGGGCUCAAUGGAGGGCUGUCCUGACAGUGAGCUAGAGAGACCACCAUACACACCCAGAAUGGUCGGAGGUCAGCUGAACUCAGGAACAAUUUGUAUGUCGGCUCUGCAGAAGCUGUCCACUCAUUACAACCUGCACAAUCUUUACGGACUGACUGAAGCCUCCGCGACACACAGUGCGCUCAAGAAGAUUUGUGGGAAGAGAGCUUUCGUGUUGUCUCGCUCUUCCUUUCCCGGCAUCGGCCAUUUCUCUGCGGUGUGGACCGGAGACGUCCGGAGCGACUGGGAGCAGCUUCGGUUCUCCAUCCCUGCGGUGCUGCAGUUCAGCCUUUUUGGGGUGCCUCUGGUGGGAGCGGACAUCUGUGGCUUUGGAGGCGACACCACCGAGGAGCUGUGUGUGCGAUGGAUGCAGCUCGGAGCCUUUUACCCGUUCAUGAGAAACCACAACGACAAGCCCAAUGCUCCUCAGGAGCCGUACGUGUUUGGGCAGAAGGCCCAGGCGGCCAUGCGGAGCGCAUUAAACCUUCGCUACUCUCUUCUCCCGUUCCUCUACACACUCUUCCAUCAUGCACACACUUCUGCUGACACCGUUGCCAGGCCUCUUUUUGUAGAAUUCCCCACUGAUCGUAAGUGCCAGCACAUAGACCAACAGUUCCUGUGGGGCAGUUCACUUCUCAUCAGUCCAGUUUUAGUCAAAGGGGCAGUCGAGGUGAAGGCGUAUCUGCCAGCUGGUGCUUGGUACAGUCUGCACAACGGUCAGCCUUUCUACAGUAAGGGUCAGUACUUCCUCCUGCCUGCACCUCUGGAAACCAUCAACGUUCACGUGAGGGAGGGACACAUCAUCCCCCAGCAGGAGCCGGCUUUGACAACCGCAGCAUCGCGCAGACGCCCUUUCUUCCUGACGGCGGCGCUGUCAGCAGGUGGCCGGGCCUGGGGCGACUUGUUCUGGGACGACGGAGACAGCCUGGACACGUUUGAAACUGGAAGUUAUUCUUGCGUUAUCUUCACUGCGGAGCGGUCGCAGGUGGUUGGCGAUCCUGUAAAGAUGAAUAGAGACUUGGACAGUCUGGUCCUGGGGGGGCUUCAAGUGUUCGGGGUGCCCUCACCGCCUCUCUGUGUUUUAGCAAAUGGAAAGAAUGUCAGUGAUUUUACAUACCAAGCUGACACCAAGGUCCUGAGAGUGACUGGUCUGGCCUUACCCAUGUCAGAGGUGUUUACAGUCCAGUGGGUUCUCUGA